UCGGCCAGCGAGGCGCUUUCGUCGGCCUCGGCAACACCGAGCCCGGCACGAGCGCGGACGUCUUCGGCCUCGAGCAGCGCGGCGCUGUCGGGGACGGCGACUUCAGGCCGAGCGACGGCGGCGGCUAUGUGGCGUACAAGAAGGCGGACUACGCGCACGCCCGCUCGGACACCGACGUGCAGAUGUACCUGUUCGAAACCUUCGGCGGGUGGUGCAACGCGGUCAAGCGGCUGUUCUACCAGAUGAAGGACAAACAAGGCAGCCAGCCGGCCGCCUCCUGCGAUCGGCCGCUGAGAGCUUGCUACGAUGCCAUGGGCGGGCAAAGCUGGAAAAACGCGGCGGGGCGGUCGUGGCUCGACGCCAAUAUUCCGUGCUGCGAGAAGGCGUUUGUCACCUGUCACAAGGAAAAGGAGGAAAUUCGCACGAUCGCGUGGCGGAGCAUAGCGGGCCUGAUGGGCACCAUCCCGCCGCAGCUUGGUCUCCUCACGAGCCUCGAGGAGAUCAACGUCGAGAGGACAGACCUCUCGGGGACGCUACCAGACGCCCUCUUCUCUGCGAGCUCCGAGAUCGAAAAGGCGCCUCUCCCCCCUGCCCGUACCCGCCGCCCAAGCGACAUUGCUCCGCCCUAUGAGCGGAUCAAGCGGACCUCCAUCACGGGCACCCUCCCUCCCUCCCUCUUCCUCUCCGGCACACUCGAGAAGGAGAUCGACCUCGAAGAGAGCUACAACUGCGGCAAGAAGAGCAAAGAUUGA